AUGUCACUUCUCGCUCUUCCCGCUCCGCGUUCGCGCGAGAUCGCUCGAGCGCGCGCGCGAACGACGCGAAACGUCAAUGACGAUGCCGUUGAAGACUCGAGCUCGCGCGCGACGGAAGAAUCGCUCGAGCGCGCGCUCGCGAACGCCUCCGCGCGCGCUCGAGAGUGCGCGGUGCGCGUCGUCGAACUCGAGCGAUCGAAUUCCGAGCUCGCGGUGCGGUGCGGACGGGCGGAGGCGAGAGCGAAAGCGUUGGGGGAACGUUUGGAGGAACGCGCGAGGGGCGCGGGCGGGACGGCGAGCGCGGAGACGAUGAGCGCGCGAUGCGAGGCGUUGGAACGAGCGAAUGAGAAGUUGACGCUGGCGUGGAGGGAGCGAAGUGAGCGGGCGGACGAGCUGGAGGGGGCGCUGGAGGCGAGUCGGAGGGUGAGCGCCGAGCGCGCGGCGGCGAAGACGGAGACGGUUGGCGGCGAGGACGAGCGGGCGGAACGUCGCGAACGUGAGAUAGGGAGGUUACGUCGGGAGCUGAGCAAGCAGGCGCAGGUCAUCGCGGACGCCUAUAGGGAUGAGUUGAUGCGCUUGCAGAAGGAGCUGAAGGCGAGCGAGGUGCGGUGCGAAGCGCUGCAGCGCGAGAACGAGGCACUGCGUUUGAGGGAUGAAAAAUUGCCCAGGACGUACGAAUCUCCCUACACCUACGCCAAAUUUUCUAGCAAACACGACGCCGCGUCCUCACCGGCUCGGGCGCCUUUGACCCCCCUGAGCGAGAACGUGUCGUCGCCGAGACGAUCGAGCGUGUUCGACAGGUUGUCGACGCCGAAACGCAUUGCCGCCGCUACGCAUCGGUCGCCUCGGAGUGUUCGUUAG